UUAUUUUAUGUAAUUAAUAUUGUUGAUGACUGUUACAAUAUGUUCUAUAUUGUCAGAAAGAUGUGAAAGACCAUGUAUUGUUAAUCUGUGAGUCCUGUGUUUUUGACGUCAUUGAGAUGCGCGAGCACGUGAAGUAAAGUGAGAGCACUGAGUAGCAUGUGGUUGUGAGAUUCCUUUAUUUAUAUAAAAAUAGAGAUAUUACCAGAGAGAACCAAGCAUAACAUGGUGGCAGCGGUAAAGUACGAUACAAAAGUGAAACAUUAAGUUUGCUAUCGAGAAAGCAACUGCGAGAGACGAGGUCCGAUUAUGGAGGGUGCGUUCGGAUUGAAACCGCCAGCAAACUUUGACUGGAAUGCUACGUGCAUACCCAAAGCUUGGAAAGCGUGGGAAGAGGAGUUUUCCCUGUACAUCGAUUUGUCGCUUACAGACGCGGACAACAAAACGAAGGUAAAAGUUUUCCAAUAUUUAAUCGGAGAAACAGGAAGAGAACUGUGUAAGACGCUGAGCGCGGCUCUGCCGGCUGACGGCGAGCUGACGCUGGAAUGGCUGUUAACCGCGUUCAGAAAUCAUUGCAAUCCAGCACCGAAUGAAACUGUGGAAAGAUACAAAUUUUUCUCCAGAAAUCAGAACUCAGGCGAAACGUUUGACAAAUAUGUUACUGACUUGAAAGUGCUGGCUGACACAUGCAAUUUUGGAUCGGCGAGAGAUUCUCUGAUUAGAGACCGAAUAGUAUGCGGCAUAAUGAACUCGCACGUGAGAGAACGCCUAUUAAGAGAGAUGGACCUGACACUUGAUAAGUGUGUAAGGAUAUGUAAAGCAUCAGAACUGUCAAAAGAGAAUGUGAUGACUAUUGAGGGUCAGAAAACGGAAGUGCAUGCAGUUCAGAGAGUUAGACAGGCCCAGAGUGCCAAACAGACACAACCAGCUAAGUGCAAAUUCUGUGGAAAACCGCAUGAGUGGAAAAAACUGAGUUGCCCAGCUUAUGGAAAGCAGUGCAGGAAAUGUGGAAAGAUGAACCAUUUUGCAGCCACAUGCAAAACAAAAGAGACCGUGCGAAAAGGAAUACACAGUGUGGCAGAAAAGGAAGAAGAACCAUAUCAAGAAAUCCUAAGCCUUAGUUCACAAAAGGAGGACAAACAUGGAAAACAGCUGUUUGCAACCAUGCUGAUAGGUGAGAGGCCAGUAAAAUUUCAACUAGACUGCGGAGCCAGUUGCAACGUCAUACCCAUUCAACUGUUAGACCCUGACACAGUAAUGGAAAAGACUGAACAGAUUCUGGUCAUGUAUAACAAGAGCACUUUGAAACCCAUAGGGAAGUGCAGAAUAAAAAUAAGAAACCCCAGAAACAGAAAACUUUAUCGUCUGGAGUUCAUUGUAGUGGAGGAAAGCUCAUCAGUUCCCCUGCUAGGAAACAAGGCCGUGCAAGCAAUGGAUCUGGUAAGAAUACAGCAUGAAAACAUUAUGGCAAUUGAUGAUAUUGUUACCACAGAGAGAUGCAAAGAAAACGAAACGUGGGGCAAGGAAGACUUACAACGAGAGUAUGCUGAUGUAUUUGAGGGAGAUGGAUGCCUGGAAGGGAAAUAUAACCUCGAGGUGGAUCCUGAAGUUAAACCGGUGAGGCUUCCAAAGCGCAGAGUUCCGGUGGCACUAAUGAAGCAUCUAAAAGUUGAAUUAGAAAGCCUGGUAGAUAGAGGCAUCAUAGCUCAGGUUGAAAAGAGCACAGAUUGGAUUAGCAGCAUGGUGGUGGUGAAGAAACCAAGUGGGAAAUUAAGAAUCUGUAUAGAUCCAAGACCACUAAACAAAGCACUUAAGCGUCAACACUUUCCUCUGCCUACCAUAGACGAUGUUCUCCCGGAUCUGACCAAGGCGAGAGUUUUUACAGUGUGUGAUGUAAAGGACGGAUUCUGGCAUGUAAGGCUGUCAGAAGAGUCAAGUUAUCUUACCACUUUCGCUACUCCAUUUGGCAGGUAUAGAUGGAUCAGAAUGCCCAUGGGGAUCAGCCCGGCUCCAGAAGUUUUCCAGCACAGGUUGACUCAGGCGCUGGAGGGGCUCCCAGGAAUCCGGAUAAUAGCGGAUGACAUCCUCAUCUGUGGGGAAGGCGAUAAUGAUGAGGCAGCGGAGAAAGAUCAUAACAAAAAACUGAGACAACUACUGGAUCGGUGUAGAAACAGAAACAUCAAACUAAAUUUCAACAAACUCAAGCUGAAACAGAAAGAGGUGCCAUACAUCGGACACAGACUGACUUCAGAGGGUCUAAAGAUUGAUCCAGAGAAGGUCGACUAAUGUACCUAGCAGACACUCUCAGCAGAGCGUACUUACCGGAGUGUGCUACAGAAGGAUCCGUAGAGACAGAAAUUGAGACGAUUAACAUGCUGCAGUACCUGCCCAUAUCAGAAGGAAGUCUACAGAAGAUACAGACAGAAACGGCUAAGGAUGGGACAUCUCAGAUAUU